AUGAAGUCCGCCGCCCUUCUUCUCAGCCUCUGGGCCGGCCUCGCGGCUUCCAACCCCGUCAGCAAGCGACAAGGCGCACCGACAAGAGAGCAGCUAUGCGUCGACUUCGACGGCGACUUCAAGGCCUGCGAGCUGCAGGUGCGGAGUUGCGCCGCCGACUUGCAGAGCAAGGGCCAGGGCUUCACAUGGGAUGGCAUCAUGGAGUGUUUCCGAGAACGCCACCACGGCCAGCAGCAGGGUAAUGAGAAGGGACAGCCUGCGUUCAAGGCGGAUAUUCGCGUCGACACGAAUCGGGACGGCGUCGUGGACGUGCAGGGCGAGACGGAUGUGCAAGGCAAGGACGCGUGGACAGAGACAUCUGGCGCCAUCUUUCUCGCCAAUAUAGGUGACUCGGGCGGCAGGUGCAAGAAGCUUGCUGAGGGUCAAGGCCCUGCGGCGAUGAUGACGGAAACGCUCAGCCUGUGCCACGAUGCGUCCGACGAUGUGCAGAGGGCUCCUCAGUACAUGGCACCUAUACGAACGGUUCCUAUUUCAGGCCUGAGCGACUCGGCUACGGGGACGGUCACGGUUCCGGAUGAUACUGCGCGUGCCAUGGUUCGCAUAUUUCGACAGGUCGGCGACGAAGGAGGCUGGGAGAUUGUCAAGGACACGACCGUCUUCUCUGCGAGGGAGGUUGCACAGGGUCUUGUCCUUGGCAUAGAUGCCCGCGACACGCGACGUGCCAACGGCUGGGACGGCCGCGUGCGCAUCGACUACACCGUCCGUGACGGCGCCGCCAUCUCCAAAGACAGCGUGAUGCUCCGCGUCGCCCCGGUCCUGCUCCAGCACUACCUCCAGCCCGUCACCGAGGUGUUCUUGUCCUCCUUACCCGGGAUAGGCCCCUGGGCGCACGCCGUCGCCGCGAUGCGCCGCGGCGUCGAGGCCAGCAUGCGCAAAGCCGGCAUCGCGAAGCCGGUGCAGCAGCUGCCCACCGACGACCCCUGGGCGCAGGACGUCUUCGAGCCCGGGUACACGAGCAUGCCCGGGCCCGACGGCUCGUCCGUCUCGCUGCGCGUCAUGGUCGAGGGGCGGCGCAACUUCCGCAACGCCGUGCGCCUCAUCUACUCGCGCCUGCGCGGCGAUGGCGUGGGGGGUUUGAUCGCCGCGCCGCGGAGGAACCCCCGCGGCGUGGACGACACGUUCCAGGCGGGCGGCAACAUUGAGACGAUCCCGCCGUACGCGCACAACGGGAGGAACUAUUCGAGCGGGCGCAUCGUCAUGGGCGGUGGCGAGGAGGGCAGCGGGGUGUUCCCGCGCGCGAGGGACUUCUUCGCCGCGCAGGAGAUGCAGGACCCCCUCGUGCUGGACACGGCGUGGCUCUUCGUCGGGCACGUCGACGAGGUGAUCCAGUUCCUCCCCACGACCGCGACGCCCCGCGGCUGGAGCGUCGUGGCCGUCGACCCGGAGCUCGGGCUGAAGCUGCUGCGCGCCGCCCAGCGCGACGGCCACGGCGGCGUGCCCGUCAUGUCGCGGGGCGGCGAGGCGAAGAUACACCCGGGCUUCCACAGCCCGACCAUUGACGAGUUCCUCGCCACCGAGUCGAACCUCGAAGCGGCCGAGGCGUGCGGCAAGCGCAUGGCCGCCAACAUUGAGCUGCUCAAGCGCGAGACGGGCGUCGCGGACGAUGAAAUCUUUCGCGUGCCAGCCCUCUUCGGUGAGGCGGCGCACGUGGCGGCACAUAUCCGCGGCAGCGCCGCGAAGCCGCCGAAGACAACGAACCGGAUGGGCACAGCGCCUGGCGAGGACGAAGACGCGGACGAGGGCGCAACGGGCCCAGAGGCGGACAUCCUCCAAUGGGUCGACCUUCACGGCCCCGCGGCGCAGCCAGAAAGCACCACCGGCAGCGACAGCGACUCAGACAACGAAACGCGAGACGACCUCCUAUCAAACCGCUUGCUGCGGAAGCAGCAAACCCCUCCUCCCCGACGCACCACCUACGACUCCUGGCUCCCCAGCCUCGUCAACGGCGUGUGCCUGACCCCCACGCGCUACCUCGCCCCCAAGCCCUUCGGCCCCGUCGUCUUCCGCGGCCAGGACAUUUUCCAGUACUACGCGGCGCGGAUGUACGAGCGGGCGGGGUUCAGCGACGUCGACUUCCUCGACGACUGGCUUUUCCACACGAGCAGCGGGGACUUGCACUGCGCGACAAACACCUAUCGCGACGUCUCGGCGCCGUGGUGGUAG